AUGUUGGACUCUGUAACCCAUAGCACCUUCCUGCCCAACGCAUCCUUCUGUGACCCCCUGAUGUCUUGGACCGAUCUGUUCAGCAAUGAAGAAUACUACCCUGCCUUUGAGCAUCAGACAGCCUGUGACUCCUACUGGACAUCAGUGCAUCCUGAAUAUUGGACCAAGCGCCAUGUCUGGGAGUGGCUCCAGUUCUGCUGCGACCAGUACAAGCUGGACGCCAGCUGCAUCUCCUUCUGUCACUUCAACAUCAGCGGCCUGCAGCUGUGCAGCAUGACGCAGGAGGAGUUCAUUGAGGCAGCCGGCAUCUGUGGGGAGUACCUGUACUUCAUCCUCCAGAACAUUCGCUCGCAAGGUUAUUCCUUUUUCAACGAUGCAGAGGAGACCAAGCCCGUCAUCAAAGACUAUGCUGAUUCCAGUUGCUUGAAAACAAGUGGCAUCAAGAGUCAAGACUGUCACAGCCGAACAAGCCUCCAAAGUUCUCACCUGUGGGAAUUUGUCAGAGAUUUGCUUCUGUCUCCUGAAGAAAACUGUGGCAUCCUGGAAUGGGAAGACAGGGAGCAGGGCAUUUUCCGAGUGGUUAAGUCAGAAGCGCUGGCAAAGAUGUGGGGACAAAGGAAGAAGAACGACAGGAUGACGUAUGAGAAGCUGAGCCGAGCCCUGAGAUACUACUAUAAAACAGGAAUUUUGGAGCGGGUUGACCGGAGGUUAGUGUACAAAUUUGGAAAAAACGCACACGGGUGGCAGGAAGAGAAACUCUGAUCCACGCCGGACACCAGGCUCACUUGAAGGAUUUCUGUUGUUUGAAACAAUCAGAUAAAAUUAGACAUUUGAAAGUUUUCCUCCUCCUCCUCC